CUGCCGGUCGGCCUAGAACUCUUGGGUGACGCAUGCGUUUUGACGGGCGUUUUUCCGCUGACUGAAUUUCUCGCUUUGCAUUUGCAUAGGAAAAUCUACAACUAGCCGUUCGAAAAACACCAAAAAUCAGCUCUCGAGUGCGUGAAGCCAAAUAGAAGAUAUCAGUACACGUAAAGGCAAGCAUCAGCCGUAGCAAAAUUCACGUUGAUCGUUGUUUUUUGCACGCCGUAACGGAGAAUCCGGAGAAAAGCUACAAAAUCUUUGCCAUUCCUUUAUUUUUUUUUCGUCCGUGAGCGUACGCGUGUGUGUGUGUGGUCGCAUAAAUUUACCGAUAUUUCGCCUGUCUUACCUACAUACCUCUCGCCCUCGAAUGUGUUAGAGCGAGAGCCACAACGCGCAGAGCAAAAAAAAAAAAACAAAAAGUAAGGAAGCAAACGUAAAAAAAAAGGCAGCAAAUAGCCCAGCAAUAAGUUCAGUUCAGAAAGAAAAAAGCGAAAGCGAAAGCACCAAAACUGAAUAACGCAAAAGCAGAAACCGCCACCGUCACAACAUAGCACCAACAACAACAACAAAAACAACAGAAGGUAGAAGCUAGAGGACGCACAACAAGAAGAAGAAGAAAAAAACGGACAGCGAGCAAAAAAGGAGCCACAGUGGAAGCCCCCAAAACAAUCGAAAGAGAAUCAAACACAACAACAACAACAAAAACAGCCGCCACAAUGAGCAAACCAUUUGAACUUCCGCUGACCAUUGAACCAGAGCAUGAGUUGCGAUUUGUGGGUCCUUUCAACCGACCCGUCGUCACAAUCAUGAGCCUGCGCAACAACUCGGCUCUGCCCCUGGUCUUCAAGAUCAAGACAACCGCCCCGAAACGCUACUGUGUACGUCCAAACAUUGGCAAGAUUUUGCCCUAUCGAUCGACCCAGGUGGAGAUUUGCCUGCAGCCCUUCAUUUAUGAUCAGCAGGAGAAGAACAAGCACAAGUUCAUGGUGCAGAGCGUCCAGGCGCCAUUGGAUGCCGAUUUGACCGACUUGAAUAAAUUGUGGAAGGAACUGGAGCCCGACCAGCUAAUGGACGCCAAGCUAAAGUGCGUGUUCGAGCUGCCCAAUGUGGAUACGAAUGCGGAGAACAAUAGCGGCGGGGCCAUCAACAGUGGCAGCGGCAGCGGCAGUGGAGCCGGUAGUGUGGGUGCCAACAUCAGUUCGACCAGUGCUGAUGGACUCAAGUCUGAGCCCAAGCUGUCCAGCGAUGAUAUGCCAUCGAAUUUGCCCGAAACCGCUGAGAUUGUUGAGUCAUUGUCCGGUGAGGUCAAGGCGCUGCGUGAAUCCAACAGCGAACUGCGAAAAGAAAAUCUACACUUGAAAGAUCAAAUCACACGCUAUCGCAGCUCAGCGGCCAUUAAGCAGGUGAACGAGCCGUAUGCCCCAGUCCUGGCUGAGAAACAGAUUCCGGUCUUUUACAUUGCAAUUGCCAUUGCUGCGGCCAUUUUGGGUCUUUUACUGGGCAAAUACCUGCUCUGAAUGCCAUAAACAUUAAACACUAUAAACAGCGACAACUAAAAGAAGAAGAAAAAAAUAUAACAAAUUAAAAGCAUAUAUAUAUAACAGAAGAUAAAUAUAAAAAAAAAAUGUAAACAUGCAUAAACAUGUAGCAGAAGGAUCGGCAGCGAUAACAUUCACGGCAGCGGCGAUAACAACGAACGAACGCAACAGCAACAGCAACAGCAGAAGAAGAAGAAGAAGCAGAAGCAGCAUCAAGGUCAUCAUUUAACAGAGACGAAGUAGACACAUAAAGGAAGCUGCAAGGACAGCGGAGGAAGGAAGAAAAGACAUCCAAAACAAGCAUAUUCACGAAAGAAAGGCAAAAUCUUCAGAAUCGGCAUCGAUUUCUCUUCCUAUUAUUAUUUUUUUACUUUUAUUUUUUUAUUCACUUAACGAAAUGGGAAUUUCAUGCUUUUUGUUCGUUUUUUUUUUAUAUAUAUUUUUUAAUUGCAUUUCAAAUAUUAAUUAACGUAAGAAAGGAAAAAAAAGAAACCGACAAAGUUAAACAAUUUCAUGUAUUUCGUAGACCACCAAAAAAAAAACCAGAAUAUAAGAAGAAAGUGUUAAAGGAUGAAAUAAAAGUUAGUUUUUUUUUUUAA